AACUUGUCACCAAAUGACAAUUUGGACACAACACGUUAGCCAUUGCUCACACGUGGUGCUUACGCAGCUGUCUCCAAUUUCUCUAGUACUUCUCAAUUUGACUAUUCCCGAUUGCUCCGUCUGACUGUUCCUUUUGCCCUCCUUAUUUUCCCGGCAAAACAAAAACAAAAUCCCCAAACUUCAUAACCAAAAAAUUCACACCCCCUCCUUCAAAUUCCAACCAAAUUUAGACCAAUCCGAUUCCUCCAACCAUGGACAUCGCCCUCUUAUACGACGCCGUUUCAGUAGCCAACACCGCCGCCCAAGGCCUAGGGUUUUCAAAUCUCCCAAUUCGCAACCACCACCACCCGAUCUCCGUCGCCGCCGACGUAGACUCCCCGCCCUCCCUCCAGAUCUCCGCCUUCAUCUCCCCCGUCGACGCCGUCGCCCCGCCGCGCGUGCGCUCCAACUCCUACAAGACCGCCACCCGCACCCUCCUCCGCAAGAAGCGCCGCACCCGGCGGCGAUCCUCGGGCGGCGACGACUCCAGCGACGGCGGAGGCGAGGAGGACGGCGGGUUCUUCGGCGGCGACGGCCCGUUCUUCAACGGGGGAUGGGGCGGCGGAGGCGGGGGUUGGAAUUUCGAUAGAUUCGGAGGAAGUAGUUGGGAUGAUUCGUCGUCGUCGUCGAGGUCGGAUCCGGCGAUUGAUUUCUUCUACGAGGUGAUGGGGUGGAUUGCGCUGUCGAAUUGCGUGCACUUUGCUUUCAAGAGAGUGGUGAGAAUCAUGGCGGAGGGGUUAGGGGAUGAGGAGAGAGAAAAGGUGCCGAUGAGAUUGGCCUCCGUCUGCUGAUUCGGUACCGUUCUCGUUCUCAAUUGCUCAUAAUGUAUAAAAUUGGAUCAGAAUUCGGGUUUGGUUUCUGUGUUUGUUUUUGAGUAUUCAUUUGAUGCUCAAUGUGUAUAUAUAAUUCUAUUGGUUUAAAUAGUUUUUAUGGUCA